ACGUUGAAGUCGACGCGACACAUCCGGCGCGCGCCGCCUCUCUUCCGGUGCAGGAGCCCUGAGCGCCAACCUGUGCGGGAGUGACUCGGAAGAGGGUGUUUGGAGAGGAGGGGGAAGGAGAACCGAGGGGAUUUUGUUUUGAGCCCCAGCGGUAGCCAUGGAUUUCCAGCAUCGACCUGGAGGGAAAACAGGGAGCGGAGGGGUCGCUUCUUCCUCCGAAAGCAAUCGAGAUCGGAGGGAGCGACUCCGGCAGUUAGCCUUGGAAACCAUCGAUAUAAACAAGGAUCCUUAUUUCAUGAAAAAUCACUUGGGUUCUUACGAAUGUAAACUUUGCUUGACACUGCACAAUAAUGAGGGUAGUUACCUGGCACACACGCAAGGGAAAAAACAUCAGACCAACCUUGCUCGACGAGCUGCCAAAGAGGCUAAAGAAGCACCAGCACAGCCCGCUCCAGAGAAAGUUAAAGUGGAAGUGAAAAAGUUUGUGAAAAUCGGUCGGCCAGGCUACAAAGUCACCAAACAGAGGGAUGCAGAAGUAGGACAACAAAGUCUUCUUUUUCAGAUCGAUUACCCUGAAAUUGCUGAGACCGUGGCGCCCCGACAUCGCUUCAUGUCAGCCUACGAGCAGAGAAUCGAGCCCCCGGACAGGCGCUGGCAGUACCUGCUGUUUGCUGCCGAGCCGUAUGAGACCAUUUCGUUUAAGGUACCGAGUCGAGAAAUUGAUAAGGUUGAAGGUAAAUUUUGGACCCACUGGAACAGAGAAACCAAACAGUUUUUCCUUCAGUUCCAUUUCAAGAUGGAGAAACCGUUACCGCCACAGAGUCUGCCCAUGGGGCCCCCGGGGAUGAAACCCAGACCCCCGCCUCCGCCCCUGAUGAACGGCAUGCCCCCCAGAGGACCCCCGCCGUCAGAGCCAAUGCCACCCCCUCCUCGCCCCGGCGGCAUGCCAAUGCCUCCCAUGCCACCCUUGCCCCCUAGCGGUCACAUGUCACACGGGGGUCACGGUGGGCCCAUGUCACAUGGGGGUCCAAUGCCACCCAAUGCACCAGUACCACCCAAUGCCCCCAUGCCCCCUAGCGGCCCCAUGCCCCCUAGCGGCCCCAUGCCCCCUAGCGGCCCCAUGCCCCCUAGCGGCCCCAUGCCCCCUAGCGGCCCCAUGCCCCCUAGCGGCCCCAUGCCCCCUAGCGGCCCCAUGCCGCCAAGCGGCCCCAUGCCGCCAAGCGGCCCCAUGCCGCCAAGCGGCCCCAUGCCCCCAAGCGGCCCCAUGCCCCCAAUGCCACCCAGCGGCCCUCUACCACCUGGCGCUCCCAUGCCACCCAAUGCUCCUGUACCCCCGCCAAUGCCUCCUGGUGGCCCUGCACCCCCAGGGCCACCACCACAGAUGCCCCCCACUCCUCAAAUUCCCCCACCCGCUCCACUUCCCCCCAUGGUGCGGCCGCCACUGCCCACCGAAGCUGCCCCGGCUCCCUCCAUCCCGCCCGCACCUCUUCCCCCACCCGGCAUUCCCCCACCUGGCGUUCCCCCGCCCGGCGUUCCCCCGCCCGGCGUUCCCCCCCUGGCGUUCCCCCACCUGGAGUUCCCCCGCCUCCCCCACCUCCCACUAACUGACACAUUUUGGAAUAUUGCAUCUCAGCGUUGUCCAAAGAAUGCGGAGCCAAAGCUUAGUUGGCAACUUGUGCAAUCCACGAAAGCAAAACACAAGGUCACCUUUUGUUCCAAUAUCAACUUGUACGCUCCUUUGCCAACUUUAAUGUAA